UUUUUACAAUAUUAAUGCGGAGAUUUAGAAAGUAAUUACUUUGCAACAACGCUAAACAAACUUGUGCUAAAACUAAAAACCAUAUAAAAAAUAGAAAAUUGAUACAUAAUGGAUGAAUAUUCACGAGAACCCUGCCCAUGGCGUAUUUUGGAUGAUUCCGGUGGCGCUUUUAUCAUGGGAGCCAUUGGCGGAGGAAUUUUUCACUCAAUAAAAGGAUUUAGAAAUGCACCAGUUGGAUUCAGCCGAAAGAUGCUUGGCAGCUUAGCAGCAAUCAAGGAGCGUUCCCCAAUAGUAGCUGGCAACUUUGCAGUAUGGGGUGGCAUGUUCUCCACAAUAGACUGCUCUCUUGUAUACAUGCGGCAGAAAGAGGACCCCUGGAACUCCAUAAUGAGUGGAGCAUUAACCGGUGGGAUACUGGCUGCAAGAAAUGGUGUACCAGCAAUGGCGGGUAGUGCACUGGUAGGUGGAAUCCUGCUUGCUCUCAUAGAAGGCAUCGGCAUCAUGUUCACUCGCCUCUCAGCAGAACAGUUCAAGCCUCAACAACCAAUAUUUGAAGACCCCUCCGUUCUGGGCCAGAGUCAGGGACAAGGACAGUCCUUCCAAUAAACCUAGUCUUUUGACAUUUCUUAUUGGUUAGUACUAGCCUCAUGAGGCGAGGUUUAAUUUGUGUUUUCCGCAAUGAAUGUACCUUAAAUUUAGCUGUACAGUUUCAAUAGAAAUGUUUAUUACAAAAGUAAUAAUAUUCAAUCAAAACUUGACAUUUUGUUUUUUCCUCACAAAAAUCAUUCAUUUAAUUCUAAAUUUAUUUACAUUUUGUUUCAACUGUACAGUUAAUUUUGUUUUGCUAGUAAGUAGCAAAGUUAAUCUCUUACUUUAAACAUAAAUAAUUUAUAAUGUGAACAGGAAGCAUCUGUGAUAUUUGCAGUCCAGUACUGAUUGCUACUAUGUUUGCACUGCUAUGAGAAACAAGUAAAAGGUGUUGAUGGUAAAGGUGAGCUCUUUACUGUUUAGUAAAUUUUCACCCAUAGAAAGAAUUUUAGUAAAUAAUUCAAAAAUCACUUGCUUAUUUUUUAGUAUUUAUUAGGCAUUUUAUGGUUAUUUUAGAGACAGUGGGACCUCAUAUUUUACCAGUAACAUUUUUUGUUUUUCAAUUUCUAAUAUUGUUUUAAGUAUUUCAUAGUAUAAUGUCAUUGUCACUUUCAAUAUUUUAUUUGUUUCCAUAUAUUUGAUUGUGACUUAAUUUUAGCUGUUCCUGCCAUUAUGUGAAUUGAAGAAUCAUUCACCAGUAUCAUGAAGAUAUAUUUGUUCCUUUCUUCAAGCUGGUUACCAUUCUAUUUCACAUAAGAAAAUCGAAUAUGAACAAUAUGCUAUGAUAUAUUUACCUAUUCCUUAUAAUC